AUGUCUUACGACAACAAUCACAACAAUCAGAAUUACUACGAGCCCCAGCAGCCGAUGGGUGAGGGUGACCCUUACUACGCUCAGGGCUCGUACAACGACAUGGGUCAGCCCAUGAACUACAACCAGGGUGGAGAGUACUACGACCAACAAUACCAACAACAGCAGCCGUACGAUGAGAACUACCAGAACUACGGCAACAACGGUAUGGGCUACAACGGUCCCCCAGAGACCUUCUCCGAGUUCUCUGGCCAGGGUGGUACAGGCUACGACCAGUAUGGUGCACAAUACACUCCAUCCCAGAUGAGUUACGGCGGUGGAAACACCUCGGGCACCUCCACUCCCAUCUACGGUGGUGCUGGCAACUACGACCCACUGCAGUUCCAGGCCACCUCCAGCUUGCCUUACCCUGCCUGGUCUGCUGAUGUGACCGUUCCCAUCAAGGUGGAGCACAUCGAGGACAUUUUCAUCGACUUGACCAAUAAGUUUGGAUUCCAAAGAGACUCCAUGCGUAACAUGUUCGACUACUUCUUGACCUUGUUAGACUCGCGUGCUUCUCGUAUGGCUCCGCUGCAAGCCUUGUUGUCCUUGCACGCCGACUACAUCGGUGGUGAGAAUGCUAACUACAGAAAGUGGUUCUUUGCCUCUCAGCAAGACUUGGAUGACUCGAUUGGAUUCAGCAACAUGAGUCUUGGUAAGAUCGGUAAGAAGGCCCGUAAGGCUACCAAGAAGUCCAAGAAGGCUCUGGCAAUCAGUGAUGAGGUUGGCCAAGACGUUGACGCUUUGGCAACCGAGCUCGAGGGCGACUACUCUUUGGAAGCUGCUGAGAUCCAGUGGAAAGCCAAGAUGAACAGUCUUACUCCAGAGGAGCGUGUUCGUGACAUUGCUCUUUACUUGUUGUUGUGGGGUGAGGCCAACCAGGUCCGUUUCACUCCUGAAACCCUCUGUUACAUCUACAAGUGUGCCAAGGACUACUUGUUGUCGCCAGCCAGCGAGCAACAACCUCCUAUGCAAGAGGGUGACUACUUGAACAGAGUCAUCACUCCACUUUACACUUUCUUGAAGUCGCAAGUGUACGAAGUCCACGAAGGUCGUUUCGUGAAGCGUGAGAAAGACCACAACAAGAUCAUUGGAUACGAUGACGUCAAUCAGCUCUUCUGGUACCCAGAGGGUAUCUCCCGUAUUAUAACUUCCAACGGCGACCGUCUCGUGGAUAUGCCAAAGGAGACUCGUUACUUGUCGUUAGGAGAUGCCGAUUGGGAUAACGUGUUUUUCAAAACCUACAAGGAGACACGUACUUGGCUUCAUUUCAUCACUAACUUCAACCGUAUCUGGGUCAUUCACGUGGGUAUGUACUGGAUGUACACUGCCUACAACUCCCCUACACUCUACACCAAGAACUACGUUCAAACUGUUAAUAACCAACCUACCGCGCUGUCCAAGUGGUCCGCACCUGCAAUUGGUGGUGCUGUUGUUUCGCUCAUCCAGAUUUUUGCUACCCUUUUCGAGUGGACAUUCGUCCCACGUGAGUGGGCCGGUGCUCAGCAUCUUACACGUCGUUUGAUGUUCCUCAUUCUAAUUUUCAUUGUGAACUUGGCUCCACCAGUGUUUUCCUUCUACUGGGCUGGAUUGCUGUCCAUUUCCAAGACAGCUCAUAUUCUUUCCAUCGUCGGAUUCUUUGUCUCCGUUGCCACUCUUUUGUUCUUCUCUGUCAUGCCUCUUGGUGGUCUUUUCACCCCAUACUUGAACAAGAAAUCUAGAAGAUACAUGGCUUCGCAACAAUUCACCGCCAACUUUUACAAGUUGAAGGGAUUGGACAUGUGGAUGUCUUACUUGCUUUGGUGUCUUGUUUUCGCUGCUAAGUUGGCUGAAUCUUAUUUCUUCUUGACUCUUUCCUUGCGUGAUCCAAUCAGAAGUUUGUCAACAAUGGUCGUUCGUUGUAACGGUGACUAUUGGUUUGGAAACAAAUUGUGUCAACAACAAGGACGUAUUGUCUUGGGUUUGAUGAUUUUGGUUGAUUUGUUGUUGUUCUUCUUGGAUACUUACAUGUGGUACAUUGUCUGUAACUGUGUCUUCUCGAUCGGUCGUUCUUUCUACUUGGGUAUUUCUAUCUUGACCCCAUGGAGAAACAUCUUCACCCGUCUUCCAAAGAGAAUUUACUCCAAGAUCUUAGCUACUACCGAGAUGGAAAUCAAGUACAAACCAAAGGUUCUUAUUUCCCAAGUCUGGAAUGCCAUUGUUAUUUCUAUGUACAGAGAGCAUUUGUUGGCCAUCGAUCACGUCCAACGUUUGUUGUACCACCAAGUUCCUCUGGAGGAUGAGGGUAAGAGAACCUUGCGUGCUCCAACUUUCUUCGUAUCCCAAGAUGACAACAGUUAUGACAACGAGUACUUCCCACGUAACUCUGAGGCAGAGAGACGUAUUUCUUUCUUUGCUCAAUCUUUGGCAACUCCUAUCUUGGAGCCUUUACCUGUUGACAACAUGCCAACCUUCACUGUUUUCACUCCUCACUACUCCGAAAAGAUCUUGUUGUCUUUGCGUGAGAUUAUCAGGGAGGACGAUGAGUUUGCACGUGUGACUUUGUUGGAAUACUUGAAACAAUUGCACCCAGUCGAGUGGGACUGUUUCGUUAAGGACACGAAGAUUCUCGCUGAGGAGACUGCUGAUGAUGACAAUGUUGCUGAUGAGGAGCGUCUGAAUGAGGACGUUUUGAAAUCAAAGAUUGACGACUUGCCUUUUUACUGUAUUGGUUUCAAGAGUGCUGCACCAGAGUACACUUUGCGUACUCGUAUUUGGGCUUCUUUGCGCUCUCAAACCCUUUACCGUACCGUUUCUGGUUUCAUGAACUAUGCUCGUGCUAUUAAAUUGUUGUACAGAGUCGAGAACCCUGAAUUGGUCCAAUACUAUGGCGGUGAUGAUCUCGGAUUGGAAAUGGCUUUGGAGAAAAUGGCUCGCAGAAAAUUCAAAUUUGUUGUUUCUAUGCAAAGAAUGGCUAAGUUCAAAGACGACGAGAUGGAGAAUGCUGAGUUUUUGUUGAGAGCAUACCCUGACUUGCAAAUUGCUUUCUUGGAUGAGGAGCCACCACUCGAAGAGGGUGGCCAGCCUCGUGUUUUCUCUGCUUUGAUUGAUGGUCACUGUGAGGUUUUGGAGAAUGGUCGUCGUAGACCAAAGUUCAGAGUUCAAUUGUCCGGUAACCCAAUUUUGGGUGACGGUAAGUCUGAUAACCAAAACCAUGCUGUCAUUUUCCACCGUGGUGAGUAUAUCCAAUUGAUUGAUGCCAAUCAAGAUAACUACUUGGAGGAAUGUUUGAAGAUCCGUUCUGUUUUGGCUGAGUUCGAAGAAUUGAACGUGGAACAUGUCAACCCAUACGCACGUAACCUUAAGAAGACUCAAGAUGACACCCCAGCUCCUGUUGCUAUUCUUGGUGCCCGUGAGUACAUUUUCUCUGAGAACUCUGGUGUUUUGGGUGAUGUUGCUGCCGGUAAGGAACAAACUUUCGGUACUUUGUUUGCCCGUACAUUGGCCCAGAUUGGUGGUAAAUUGCAUUAUGGUCACCCUGAUUUCUUGAAUGCUACUUUCAUGUUGACCCGUGGUGGUGUUUCUAAAGCCCAGAAGGGUUUGCAUCUUAACGAGGAUAUUUACGCUGGUAUGACUGCUAUGUUGAGAGGUGGUAGAAUUAAGCACUGUGAGUACUACCAGUGUGGUAAGGGUAGAGAUAUGGGUUUCGGUUCUAUCUGUAACUUUACAACAAAGAUUGGUGCUGGUAUGGGAGAACAAAUGUUGUCUCGUGAGUACUACUACUUGUCGACUCAGCUUCCAUUGGACAGAUUCUUGUCUUUCUACUAUGGUCACCCAGGUUUCCACAUCAAUAACUUGUUCAUUCAAUUGUCUCUCCAGACUUUCAUGCUUGUUUUGGCUAACUUGAACUCUUUGGCUCAUGAGACGAUUAUUUGCUCUUACAACAGAAACCUUCCAAUCACUGAUCUCCUUAGACCUUACGGUUGUUACAACUUGGCUACCUCUGUUGAUUGGAUCAGACGUUAUACUUUGUCCAUCUUCAUUGUGUUCUUCAUUUCGUUUAUUCCAUUAGCUGUUCAGGAAUUGAUUGAGCGUGGUUUGUGGAAGGCUACUCAAAGAUUCUGCAGACAUUUUAUCUCUUUGUCUCCACUCUUCGAGGUCUUCAUUGCUCAAGUUUACUCGACUUCGUUGCUGACUGACAUGACUUUUGGUGGUGCAAGAUAUAUCUCUACUGGUCGUGGUUUCGCUACUUCGCGUAUUCCAUUUUCCAUUUUGUAUUCUCGUUUCGCCGACUCAUCCAUCUACAUGGGUGCCCGUUGUAUGUUGAUCAUUUUGUUUGGAUCAGUGGCACACUGGCAAGCCCCACUUUUGUGGUUCUGGGCUUCCUUGUCUGCUCUUAUGUUCUCUCCAUUUAUUUUCAACCCACAUCAGUUCGCUUGGGAAGACUUCUUCAUUGAUUACCGUGACUUCAUCAGAUGGUUGUCGCGUGGUAACACCAAAUGGCACAGAAACUCUUGGAUCGGUUAUAUCAAACUUUCCCGUUCGCGUAUUACUGGUUUCAAGAGAAAGUUGACAAACGAUGUCUCUGAGAAGGGCGCCGCUGACACAACUCGUGCUCACAGAACCAACGUCUUGUUUGCUGACUUCCUUCCAUGUGUGUUCUACACAGCUGCUUUGUUUGUGGCUUACACUUUCAUCAAUGCUCAAACAGGUGUUACUCAAUGGGAGGUGACCGGAAGAUCAUCGACUGACCCUAUCACUGUCAACUCCACUGUUAGAGUCCUUGUCUGUGCUUUGGCUCCUGUUGUGAUUGAUAUGGGAUGCUUGGGUGUUUGUCUUGCCAUGGCUUGUUGUGCUGGUCCUAUGUUGGGCAUGUGUUGCAAGAAGACUGGUGCUGUCAUUGCAGGUGUUGCUCAUGGUGUGGCUGUGAUUGUUCACUUGGUCUUCUUCAUUGUCAUGUGGGUCCUCGAGGGAUUCAACUUUGCCCGCAUGUUGUUGGGAAUUGUGACCAUGAUUUACAUCCAAAGAACUUUGUUCAAGCUCAUGACUCUUUUGUUCUUGACAAGAGAGUUUAAGAAUGACAAAGCCAACACUGCCUUCUGGACUGGUAAAUGGUACGGAACCGGAAUGGGUUACAUGGCUUUCACCCAGCCUGCUAGAGAAUUCUGUGCCAAGACUAUUGAGAUGUCUGACUUCGCAGGUGACUUUAUCUUGGCUCAUCUUAUUCUUUUCAUCCAAUUGCCAAUUUUGUUUGUUCCUUUGAUUGACAGAUGGCACUCAACCAUGUUGUUCUGGUUGAAGCCUUCUAGAUUGAUCAGACCACCAAUCUACUCUUUGCACCAGGCCAAGUUGAGAAAGAGAAUGGUUCGCAAGUACUGUGUUUUGUGUUUCGCUGUGCUCAUUCUUUUCGUUAUUGUCAUUGCUGCUCCUGCCGUUGCUGCAUCUCAUAUUCCUGACGACCUCGGAAUCAGCUUGAGCGGUGUGUUCCAAGGUAUCUUCCAACCAAGAGGAGUCAACCAGAACGACACUGGUGCCGUUUCGUCUUGGUGGAGUAGUGACGGUGUCUCGAUCACCUUCUGGUCUUUCACUCCUAGUGUGACCCGGACCUACACAUCCAAGGCAUUCUAG